AUGAACCUUUUAUCAGAAAAUGAAUUAUCAGAAUUAAAUAUAAUAAUUUCAACUUCUCUUAAAAAUUGGACGAUCUUGAAACCUAUGGCAGAGAGAUAUCUAUAUUCUUUAGCAAAACUUGAUGGUAAUCAAUUUCGCAUUAUUGGUGAAAUUGUAAAGCCUAAGGAUACACACAGUGUAAUUCUUAAACUGCAAAAAAUAUUAAACAACACUAAAGAAAAAUUACCUGAAGAAUCUGAUGAUCUCUUUAAAAAUAAAGAUACUUUUGAAAAUGAUGAUAAAAACCUUCAUGAAGAAAUCCUAUUAUCUAUUGAAGAUCACACAAAUGCUGAUAAACAUGAUUUAGGAAAGGAACUGUGCUGGGGUCAGAAAUUUUUGCUUUGUGAGCGAACUGGCUCCAAGAGUGAAGAUAUACGAAAGGUUCUUUUGAAUACUCUUAAAGUACAAAAGACCUUAAAGGAUAUGCAUCGAAAUUUAUUUGAGUCGAUAUCUGCUGAGAGUAGCGGAACGCUAUCAAAACCAGUCCUUCAUGCUAACACCAAACUUUUGGUGCCUGGAUUUUUGUCAUUAUAUUUUUUCUUACGUAUAAUUUUAAUCAUUUACAUUGGAGGUGAAUUUUAUGUAUCUGUCAAUUUAGCGGAUUUCUACAUCCCAACAAAAUAUGAGGAACUAGAGUCAAUCCUUAAAAUCUCGCAUACAAGUUUUCAAAUAAAG